AAGCUCCUGUAGUCCACAUGUAGUCUACAUGUUGUGAAAGAAGCAAAGAGGUUGAAUCUGUGUGGCAAGAAGCUUUCGCCACACGCUUUGCAACCAAUUCUCCGCAAUCCUGUUGUGGUGAUUUGGUGUUAGAUUUUCGCUGUAGGAUCUUCCUUCCUAGAUCCUACGCAUAGGAACUAACUUCUAGAAAAUAGUAGGAUAGGAUCAAAAUGAGUGAACGGUCCGUGAUCGGCGCCAAGGCCGCUGUUGUACUCUAUGACGAUGCCUCCAAGAAAUGGGUGCCCUCGGGCGGCGUCAACGGACCAGCCAGUGUGGUUCUUUACACGAAUGAUGCCACCAGCCAGAGUCGUGUUGUCGGUCGCAGAUUGCAGGAUAAGGAGGUUGUCAUCAACUCUUGCUUGUACAAAGGAAUGAAGUACAACCAGGCCACGCCAACUUUCCACCAGUGGCGUGACGUCCGUGGUGUUUAUGGUCUCAACUUCCAAUCCAAGGACGAAGCUGCUGCGUUCGCCGAUGCCAUCCAGCAACACCUGCAGAAACUUGGCGGAGGCACCGUCAUUCCACCCAAAGGAGCCGCUCCAGCCGCUGCACCUGCUGCUGCGCCUGUAGCAGCACCAGCUGCGCCACCGGCUGCACCCCCUGCACCUCCCGCAGCUCCGGCGGCACCCCCGGCACCUCCAACUCCGCCAAAGGCGGCCCCGGCGCCACCUCCAGCGCCACCGAAGGCUGCUGUCCCGACUCCACCCAAGGCUGCUGUCCCGACUCCGCCUCCAGCACCGGCAGCACCACCGGCGCCUCCUGCGCCACCUGCACCACCAGCGCCAGGUGGUGGCGGACCGCCCGCACCACCCGGUCCCCCACCGCCACCUGGCGGCGGCCCUCCGCCACCACCCGGACCUCCUCCGCCUCCAGGUGGCGGCGGCCCUCCACCUCCACCCGGACCUCCUCCGCCUCCUAGCUCAGGCGGUGGUGGUAUUGGAGGUGGACUUGCCGGUGGACUGGCAGGAGUGAAGCUGAAGAAGAGAUCUGAAGUGCAGGAGAAGAAACCCGAGCCCAAGUCGUCAGGUGGCGGCGGUGGAGAUAUGAUGGGUGAAAUGGCAAAGAUGCUGGCAAGAAGAAAAGCAGCUUCUGCCGCCUCGGAGAAGGAGCCAUCGGCACCCAGUGCUGCAGACAAGCCCGAACCGAAGAAGGAUCCUGAGCCGGCGAAACCGUCCUCUAACAUCUUCAAGAAAACCGACUCCACAGCAAAGCCAGCACCCGGUGGAUUUAAUCGUAAUUUUGGUUCAGCGGCCAAAUCGACUUCAUCAACCAGUAUUGGUUGUAGUUCGGAUGAUCUGCAAAAGCUCAAGCAGGAAAUCCUCUCUGAUGUCAAGAAGGAACUUCAGGCAAUCAAAACUGAAAUCAUUGAUGCUAUUAAGGCAGAGUUGGGCAAGUGAGAAGUUACAAGUCUGGUAGAAGUUGCUGUUCGGAUAGGCAAGAGGUGGCAUGAUAUGCUGAAGUGACUAUGUGUGUAAGGACACCCAUUAUGCCACCAUCCUCCGUGACUGACAUCACAUCGGAUCUAGGCGUGCGUGCCACGUGCUCAGAUCAAGAUAUAAAAUGAGUAUACAGUUGGCAUACAAGCUUGAAGCGGGCACACUGCUUCUUGCUCAUGCCUCGGCAUCUGUGUUUGUUCAGUUAAUUUCGUCCACGCGUCUUUUUAUUCUUACUUUUUUUCAAAUUCACCUUUCCUGGCUGCAUGUAAUCCCUAACGUCUAGUAUCUUAUUCACUUUACCCAUGUAUAAUAAUACCAUGCCCUCUUCUUGCAUUGUCAGUUUGGAUGACCUAACUACGUCCAUUGGCGAUGCAGGGUUUGCUUCCUCCCCGUUUUGAGCGCAUUCAAAUCAUUCAGGUUAUACUCUUAAUGAAGUUAGUAAAUUAGUAAUAGCAUACUGUUGCAUUUUUUUUCUUUUAUCUGUUCUUCCUACCGUCGCUGUGAGUGACAAAGCUUGGCUCCUUUUGUACACAUCUUAUACACUGCAUGGUGUAGCUUCAGCUUGCCAGCCGGCUCUACGCAUGAAAUAAUUGUCUUGAGCUUUGACAUCUCCUUUGGAUUGCCGUCACUACGGUGUAGUACUUACACUACACAGUACACUUGUCCGUAUCUUGCGGGAUUAAUGAGCUCAGCACACGUUGAUGUGGCUGGCUCGCCUCUUACGCCAUUGAAUUAUUUACCACUGAGAACUUGAUUGCCUUUUCCCUGUUAUGCCGCUGAGAUUGCUUUGUCGAUUUGCUUGACCUGGACUGUCGCAGCAGUAGAUCUAGACACCAGUGGACUCUUGCUAAAAUGGUGAUGUGCCAAAUACAUGUACACUUGCUUGGAUUGGUCAUCAUCAUGGCUUCAAAUCA